GCAAACAGCUAACUAUAGAACAGAAACAACUUUCUCAAGAAAUCCUUUGAACAAAAUUUGUCUUUAAGUAAGUUCGAAUUACAUAUUUAUACAUUUAAUAAUUGUGGUAAUCAGUGAACUUUAAAUCUGGGGUUUUGAAUAAAAGUUGUUGAUCUGGAAAAACAUGUAUUACAAACUCUUUCUACUGGUCGGAGCAACCAGCUGGUGCUGGGGUCAUACAGUCGCGGUCACGGACAACUUUCUCACGCAGAACUUGAGAUACUUUUCAAGGCCCACACCAUUUCCGAUCAGAGUGGUAAACGCCUCGGAAGUUGAGAUCAUUCAGAGAGAAACGCUGGCCAACAAUCGGACAUUGGUGACCAACACAACUCUUUCCGACUUGAUGAACAUUGCUCGCGUGAGACAGAAAAAGAAGCGCGAAAGGAUGAAACAGGACUGGCUCGAAAGAAUAAAGAGUCUUAUACUACGUGGAGUCGGAAUGUCACAGGAACCCAACGUGUCGACAUCAAUAUUUCCGAAAAAGGUUCACCAACAUCUAGCAAAGGUUUUGAAUAAAAUAGAUGAAUCUCAAGAAGGUUCUAUGUUUGUCGAGAAAUUGCAGAGUUUUUACCCUUCAUGUUCAGUACCAGCAAGUAUUAACAGAGAAUUCUGGGAAAAUGAAACGAAUUUUAACAUUUACUACGACGUUAAUUUCACGCCAACUAAUUCACCUAUAAAGGUUAAAGUAGCAAAACUGCGACUAUACAAGAGCGGAGACUUACAGCCCGAAGUUGUGCAGAAAAACUUACCCACGUGGCCAUUUCUCCACUUAAGGCCUUCACGGUUAUCAGUUCGGAGCACGGGGCUCACCGUAUCUCUGUACCAGUACAGAAGACCCCUUAAUAACAUCUCCAGUGGAGGUAGGAAGAUUACAAACUUACAUUCCGAACUCAUAAUAAA